CUUUUGCUAAGCAAACAACGUGGCGCAUCAAAAUAGUUAAUAGUUACAAUCAAAGAAAAAUAAUACAAUGAAAAGUAUUGCAAAUGGAGAAGAAAACGAAAAUGAAUUGCAAAUUAUAUCAGCUAAUUCUAGCUGGUUAAGUCCAACUUGGUUAUCAUGGAACAAAUACUCUGAAGGAAUGUUAAGAAACCUAGAAAAAUCCAUUUUAAAAAUAUGUAGGAUUGCACAUAGAGGAUUCUAUGUGGACAUAGGGCCUGUUGUGGGUCAUGCAGACAAAAUAUGGACCAUAUCACUUAACACUGACUCACCAAAUACACCACUUGUUCUUUUACAUGGUUUAGGUGCCGGAGUGGCUUUAUGGUGUCUGAAUUUAGAUUCUUUUGCCGGCAACAGACCUGUAUAUGCAAUAGAUUUAUUGGGUUUUGGAAGAUCCUCCCGUUCAACAUUCAGUACAGAUUCCGUCGAAGCGGAAAAGCAAAUGGUUAGGGCCAUUGAAGAAUGGCGCAAAGAAAUGAAUUUAAAACAGUUUAUUUUACUUGGUCACAGUAUGGGUGGCUUUGUGGCAGCUUCAUUUGCCAUUAGCCAUCCAGGAUAUGUGAAACAUUUAAUCCUGGCUGAUCCCUGGGGAUUCCCUGAGAGACCUGAAAAUAAUAAGGAGGUUCCUUUGUGGAUUAGGAGUGUCACCUAUGUUUUACAACCUUUUAAUCCUUUGGCUGGUAUCAGAGUUGCAGGGCCAUUUGGAGCGUGGUUUAUAAAUACUUUACGCCCAGAUAUUUCAAAGAAAUAUUCUGUUGCUCUAAAAGAUGCUAACCUAAUACCACAGUAUAUUUAUCAGUGUAAUUCUCAGAAUCCUAGUGGAGAAACCGCUUUCCACUCGAUGAUGUCUGGGUUUGGUUGGGCUAAAAACCCAAUGGUCAAAAGAAUAGAUAAACUUGAAAUUAAUGUUCCAAUUACUUUAAUAUAUGGUUCAAGAUCUUGGAUUGACCACUCAGCAGCUAAUAUUAUAAGAGAUAAAAGAAUCAAUUCUUAUUUUAAAUCACAGGUAAUAACUGGUGCAGGUCAUCAUAUACAUGCUGAUAAGCCAGAGAUGUUUAAUCAAGUAGUACAAGAAGCUUGCAAUUACACCGACAAUCGAAAAUCAAACAAGGCCAUUAUGCCCUCAUAAAAAUAUAAUUUAUAUACUUACCUAACUAAAAAUAAUCAAUUAAGUACAACAAUGCACUUUAUACAUAUUUAUUGCUAGAAUUUUAAUUGUUAUUUAUUGAUUAUCCCAUUAAUCAAUUUAAUUUUAUAUUAUAUUUUUGUAUCCAUUUUUUGUUGUUAAUUUAAAGCCAAAAACAACUCUCCUUAUCUUGGAAAAUAA